AAAGCAGAAUCGCCUGUAUCUCCAGCAAUAUGUGUUAAGGAGGAGAAGGUAACGAUUGAAAAGCUUGAAAUCGCUCGGGCUGAAAAAGAAGUAAAAGCAGAAUCGCCUGUAUCUCCGAAAGACAGAAGACCAUCAGUUCAAACAGAUAUUUUGGAAACUGCUAUCUCGAAAGUACCUGAACAAUCAGGACCGUCGAUUGAUAUUAUGUCAGCUGAAAAAGAUACAUCUUCCGAAUCAGUCAUUUAUCCUAUAGUAUUUGCAAAAGAAGAAAUGUCGUCUGUAACAAGCCAUGAAAUUAUACCUACUAACGUGGAAGAUGAGCGUACUGUUGUAGCGAAAGAGGAAGAAAUAAGAGAGUUAAUCCAUGGUGAUGCUUCCAAAAGCGAGUCUGGCGUUAAAACUAAACAUAUUAUAAUGGAAGCUAUUGUGUCCAGCUCAGAGAUUGUAUCCACCAUUGCAUUGCCUAGUGAAGGUAAGGAAGAUGCUGUGCUUAAGGUAUCCGGAAUUUUGCAAAGGUUGUCUUCGGAUAUAGACAUUUCUGUAGAUGAUAUCGACAACGGCAUUAUUAUGAAACCUGUUGAUAAAUCAAAAAGGGAAACGAUUUAUGAACCAAUUUCUGGUGAUCAAAUUUUAAUUGAGACACUAAGCGAUGAUGAUAUUGAGGAAGUUAAGGUAAUUAGUUCAUCUGGUGUUCACAGUGUUUCGGCAAGCGAUAUUAAAAUAGAAAGUGACGAUGCAGUUAUUGAAAACGAAAGUCAAGUGGUAACUAAAGUAGUUAUAGAACAUUUACCGUCUGUAGCUGAAAAACCUGAAGUUCAAAUGCUGCCCUUAAAGAGUACCGUCACUGACACAAUUCCAUCGGAGUGCAAACAUAAGCGUCGAGAUGAAAUAGUUUUUACCGAUGAAGAAAUUAAGAAACGAAUGUCACUUGUUGAAGAGCAAAUAGAACACGAUAUUUGUAUUAGUAAAAAAGAUGAAGAUGAAUGUAUUGUAGUAACUUGUGAACCACUUGCUGAUACUAGUCGACCUUGUACUGAACCGAUUUGCAAGAAAAAGUUAAUAAAAGACGUUGGCCCUGCUCCAGAAAAUGUUGAUUCAAUUGAUUUUGCUGAAAUGGAUGAUUCGCAACCCAGGCGGAAGAAAAGUGUCACGUUUACUGACAUUGCCCCAGUAGUGAUUCCUGUAACGCAAAAAAGUGUAGAAAUUAGUUACACCUCUAAAUCGCAAAUAUCAAGUGUCGCUGAAGACAAACAAGUGAUAGUAAAAACAGAUGAUACUAAAGAUGUACCACAAAGAUUCGAUGAAGUAUCUCCGAUUGAAUUAUCGACAGUACACUCUCAAAAAGAUGCUGAGAUAUCUUCCGAAAUAAUUGAAAGCAAAUCCGUAGAUGAGAAGGCUGAAGAUAAAAUGACUCCUGAUAGCUUAGGAGAGGAUAUAUCUUCUAUCACUGAAGACUACGAUAAGUCUUCAAGAAAAGUAAGUUUUGAUGGGCUAAGUACUGUAAGAGAAGAUUUAACAUCUGCGACUGAAGUUUUAUCAGAGGGCGAGCGAAACGAUGAUUUUACUGAACUUGAAUACGAUCAAGAUUUGGACGAUUAUUCACUUUACGAUGAAGACACGCAUGAUAAUAAAACUAUUACUACUACUAAACCCACAAAAGAAGAAAAGCAAUCAGAUAUUGAGCAGAGUGAACUUCAUUUGAAAUCACCUGAAAGAGUAAAAUCGCCCAUUCAAGUAAUUACUGAACCGGCAGAAAAUUAUUUGGACCAUCCUGAAGAAGAUGUUGUCGAAAUUACAAGUGCAUUAAAAUCAGACGAUUCUACAGUUGAAGGCUAUAAAACAGAUAUGACAGAUAUUACAACAGUUCAUGAUAUGUUAAAUGGCGAUACAUCCGAAGAUGAUCAUUUACUUAGACAAGAUGAACAUGUGGAGGAUUUAUCCGAAAUAAUUACUGAAUCACAUGAAACACAAGAUGAUUUUACAUCACAUACAGCAAUCGUGGGAGAAAUGCAUGAGAUGGACGAAGAAACUUACAUGAAAGAAUCAUCUUCAAUCUUAGAAGCCCGAGAACUUGAGUCCAAAUCGCAAACAUGUAUAGUUGACGAGUUACAUCAAAUUCUUCCGGAUGAAAUUUCUAAGCAAAUUUUAUCUCAGGAAAGAGCGCUGCAACGAGAUUUAUUAGACCGAAGUUCAGUUGAAGAACUUAGCAUAAUUUCUACAUCAAUGCAAAUUGGAAGCCCCGAAACGUAUGAUGAAAAUGGAAAACAAUUUAAGAAAGUUAUUUUUACCAAAGAAUCUGAAUUAAGCCUUGACGAAUCUAUUAAAUCGCGCAGAUUAAGUAGCUUAGACGGAUUGAAAGAUUUAGACAGUCAUUUAGAAGAAACUGUCGCAUCCGAUGAUAUUUCUCAAAUAAGUUCUGUAAUUCGAAGUGACUCUGCAAAAUUCUCUGAAACGGAUGCCGAACCAGUUUCUUCUGAAACUGAAUCUUCUUACAAAUUAGAUAUUCAUUCGAUAUCUGACAAAGGAAUAUCUUAUGGCAGUAAAAUUAAAUGCAGUGCAAUAUAUGAAGUAGAAUCACCCGAACCAGAAACUCAUCAUAAACAAAUAAAAACGGAUGUCUUAAGUACAGAAGCGAAAAGAGAUAAGCACAAGUUGCCAGCAAUUGUGCAAUCAUCUAUAGAUACUAAAGAAAGGACAAAACGUUCGGCCCAAGAAGUCAAAAUACGAAAAAUACCAACUCGUACACGAACUCCAUCUGAUAAAGUUCCUGUAGAAAAGAAAAAAGUUUCUCGAUAUGUGGUUCGCCAUGAUGACAUAGAAAUGAAAGCGGAUGUGUUGAAGGUCACCAUGCAUCAUGAAACUGAGAGUAAAUCAAUGAAAAAAACUGAACCUCGACAGAAAAAGUAUGUUAAGAAGGAAGUUAAAAAAGAAGUUAAGAAAGAAGUUAAACAAGAAUUGAAGACGACCAGGAGUUUUAGCCCUAGUGUAAGGUUACGUCGCACAAAAGUUGAAACAGAUACGACUUCCGAAGAAUCAAAAGUGUCUCGUAGCUUUAGUCCUGGCACAAGAAUACGUCGUCUUAAAGCUGAAAGUGAUGCUGAUAUGAGUUCAGAUGAUGAACGAAAAGAAGCUACAGCGAAGGUGAAAUCAUUUAGAAAAGGAAGCCCCAAGUUAACGGGUGAUGGAAAAAGUUCUACCCAUAUUCCAAGAUAUAUUAAAUCCCCAGUGAGGAAGACUUAUAGUAGUGAUAGCACAUCCACCGAUACAACAACGACUAUAAUUAAAAAACAUGAAUAUAAAAAGAGAUCUCUUCCUAUGUCCACCCCACUAGAAAUAAAACCAUCUCAACCAAAGAAGUACGAUAAUAGAGUUCAUGGUUAUAUGCAAUCUACUGUCUCGAGAGAUAUGAAGAUAGAAAGACAUGUUAGAGAGACGUUAACUAAAAAAGUAGAUAAAAAACCUAAAGAUAAAUCAGAGAUGGAUUUAGAAAAACCAAAAACCUAUAAACCGAGAUCACGCACUGCUACACCCGAAAAAAAGACUGAUAAAGGUAAAUCAGAGGAUUCAGGUAAGUCCACUCAAAAAAGCACAUCCACUAGAAUAAUUCGUUCCUCCGAAACGUUAAGAUAUACUAAAUCCAAGACAGACAAAGCCAAGUCUUCUACAACUUUACCUAAAGAAUCCAUGAAAAACGGGUUUCACGAAUCUCCACUAAAACCACAAAAUAUUCCACCCAGAGUUGAAAGUCCAAAACCAUCUCCGUCACCAACUAAAUUAAAAAGAGUCAUUCUCGUUGAAGAACACAUCAGAAAAUCAUCAUUAAGCGACAAACUGAAACCGUCCCCCAAACCAUCAGAGUCCGAACGCACCGUCCAAGAUAUCGACACUACUCGAAGCCACUCCGUAACACCAUCAACACAACAUGAAAAAUAUCAAUCACAUCAAAUGGAACGCACAUCCAGUUGUUCUUCAUUACCUGGUAGUCCAAUAAGAGUCCAUUCCGCAAACGGUUGCACAAAAGUGUUAACAUCCGAGGUAUUUACAAGAAGUCAUGAUCGCACAGGAUCAAUUGAAGUGAUUUACAAACAACCGUACGAUAACUUAAAGAAAUUAGCUUAUGGUCUUAGACAGGUGGAAUUCUUUGAUACCACAGAUUCCAGUUUAUCCGAAUCUGUGGCAUUACCCAGUUCUCCGUCAGACCAUGAUACAAGCUCAGAUGUUAAUGGAAAGAAAUUAUCGCCAUCUUCACCUAAAAAACAUAGGGUUUCAGACUUAAUAACCUGUGCGUUAAUACCUGAGGAUCAAACUCUAGCAGAAGAAAUCGAACUACCGAGGAGAUUGUUGAUGUCCACCGUAACUACAUCUCAAGGGCAACAACAACGACAUGUGCAAGAGACAGAAUGGAAGGCUACCGACCGAAUUUCCAAAGAAAAGCCCACUGCACCAAUAGAAGAAGAAGCCGUGCAAGGACUACAUCCGACAUCGACCGCGAAAUAUUUAGCUAGCUCCGAAGAAUUAUCGCUUGAUUCGCCGAAAACCGAUAAACCGCUUACGAACGAUAACGAUCCGCUCCGCCAAUCAAACGUUAUUGACGAUGCCGAUCAUCAAUUAAAAGCUCGUAGCAGAGAUUCUAGCAGAGAAGACGUGAGUAAAAGUGACGACAAGAAGUCUAAACGAGGCUUCUUUGGAACUUUACGCAGUAUGGUUAGUAAAUCACAAGAUCGAUCCGAUUCCGAAUCAGAAAAGACCCAAAAGAAAGAUAAGAAAAAGAAGAAAGACAAAAAGAAAAAGCACCCACCAAUGGAACCGCCAGAAAGACCACCACGUAAACCAAAAUUACCAACACCGCCACCGUUACAUGUUGAUGACCGACCAGAAUUCCGUGACAUUCCAUUUGUAGAAUGUUCACCUCAAGAUUCAGAACCUCCAUUUAAAAUAACUGCUUCGACAGUUCCCACUGCACCAGUAUCAGAAGAAAUUAAAUCUGUAGCUAACGAUAUUGUCACUGAUGUUAUUACUACAAGUGAACAAACUGCAACAAAUAUUAUCCAAAACGGUAGUACCCCUGGAAAACAGGUGAUAAUAAAAGAAGAAUUGACAAAGAGAGUAGAACCAAAAAUAUACGAAAGAGGAGAAUUUCAUAUUGUUGUAUCUCCCACAUCGCCACCUAAAACUAAAGAUUUCUUUAAAACCCAAAUGGAAGAAACAAUACCCGAUAAUUCUAAACCGCCUAUAAGACCUAUAAGAAAGAAAGAACACAUUUACGAGGAUAUAGAAGACCCUCAUGAUAUCAAAAAACUUACCACGAACCUCAUCCAAAAUGAGAUAAACUUUUCUGGAUGGGCAGAUGAUCGCUACAAUGUAUACAAACCUCAAGACAUUAAAGAAAGAACGCAAUCGCUAAAACGAGAGAAAAAGCAAGGAAAACUCUUUGGAUUUUUGGUCAAAAAAUCCUCAAAAGACGUUGAAGACUCAGAUACAGAAAAAGAAAUAAUCGAAAAACAAGAUAGAGAACCAUCUAAAGAAAGAGUAGUGAAACCUGAUCCAUCAGACGAUGAAGGUACAGAUAAAAAAGGCGGCUUCUUUGGAAUCUUCGGUAAGAAGAGCAAAAAAGAAGAACAAGAUGAAAAACUUGACGUUGGCAAAGAAGAAUCGAAGAAAGACCAAGGGAAAAAGAGCGAUAUUGAAGAUACCAUAUCUCCUACAGAAAUCACAUCAACGACACUUGAUAAACCACAAGAAACAAAAGGAGAAGUUAUCUCAGAAGAACUGAAAGAUAAGCGAAAAGUUAAAAAAGAAAAAGUUCAAAGUGAAUCCGAAGAUGAGUCUGAAAGUAAAAAGGGUUUAUUCGGAUUCUUCGGAAAGAAGCCUAAAAAAGAAAUAAAAGAUGAAACCGAAAAAAUCAUUCUUUCCGAAGAAGUAAUAAAAAACAUGAAAGAUACCACGGAAUUUUUAAAUCAAGAAGUUGAACAUUUCGACGAUGUUAAAGUUAUUGUUUCAACUCCACCUCCUAUUGAAUUAGAAAAGUCGCAAAAAAUUAUCAAACCAAAAGAAGAACCAACUAAGAAACCCCCGAAGAAAUCGAAAAAGAAACCAGAUAAACGAGAUUCAAGCAUAUCUGAUGAUGAACCUGAAUCAUCACGAAAAUCUGGUUUAUUCCAUAUCUUUGGUAAAAAGAAACGUGAUAAAUCCGUUGAGAAACCUGCCAAAUCUGUGUCUCAGCCUAAAAUAUCUGAAGAAGUAGUUAAACAGAUAGUAGAAACUAACAAUUUUCUACAUAACGAAGUACAAGCGUAUGAUGAUGCAAAACCAAUUAAAGGAUUCCCGAAAAUUGAAUUAAAACCAACUGAGAAAAGUGAGAAAAAUGAACCGGAUAUUACAGUUAUAACAACUGUAAAAACGACAGUUGAAAAUUAUACGCCUGAUGUGGACAAACCUGAAAAAGCGAUAAAAGAAAUUGAAAUAUUUGAGAAAGUACAAACUGUAGAACGAAAGAUUGUCACCGAACCUAUUAUUGCUAAAGAAGUUGUUACCUUAGAUGAUAUUCAAAAGAAAACGCCGAAACCAACAGAAAAAACUGUCAAAAUUAAGGUAGAUGAUGUUACAAUUUUAUCGCCUCAAAAAGAUGAACGAAAAGAAAUUGAAGUAUCAAAAGAAAUUGUUAUUCCAAAGGCUAAAGAGAUAAACAAAGAAGUUUUAAUGGACAUGAUAUCGUCAUCUAAUUUCCUUAAAGAUGAAAUUGAACAUUUUGAUGAUGUUAAGGAUGUUGUAAAGAAGGAUGAAAUUCAGAAGAAAUCUAAAGAUAAACAAGAAAUAAGUGAGUCGCCUAAAAAGAGUGGAUUUUUAGGGUUGUUUGGUAAAAAGCAAACUAAAGAUGAAGAAAAAUUAGAAGAUAAAAAAGAAGUUAAAGAAGAACCUAAAAAGGAAGUUAAUGAAGAAAUUAAAAAAGAAGUUAAAGAAGAAAUUAAAAAAGAAGUUAAAGAAGGAAUUAAAGAAAAAAGUAAAGAAGAAUUAAAACCAAUAAUUGAAGAUAAACAGUCUGAAGAAUCACAAAAAGCAAUUAAAUCUUGUGACAGUUUUCUACAAGAUGAAAUUAUGCGAUUUGAUGAUGUUCGCCAAAUCAUUACUGAAAAAGUUGCCACUAAAGAUGAUGUUUUAAUAAAAGAACAUAUUGUCCCAGACAAAGCCACCAAAGAUAAAAAAGAUGUAACUGAUGAAGAAAAAGAAUCGAAAGGAUUAUUUUCAAUCUUUGGUAAGAAAGAUAAAUCAAAAGAAAAAGUUAUCAAACUUGAUGAAGUCGAUAAAACAAAGAUCGUGGAAGGAAAACCGGUCUACUCCAAAGAAUUUUUAAUUACAAUGAAUGGAACUGAUUCAUUCCUAACUAAUGAAGUAUCUAAAUUUCAUGAUGUAAAGUAUUCCCCCAAAAAAGAACUCGUGGAAACACCUAUUAUUAAAUCGGUGGCUAAAAUUCCUGAAUUAGUCACGAAGGCAGAACCGAAAAAAGAUUUGGACAACAAAAAGAAAGAACAAGAGAUUAAACCAAAUCUCGAAUAUACAGAUGACUUUAAAUUGGUGCUAAAAGAUACCGAAACAUUCUUGGCAGAUGAAGUUAAUCGCUUUGAUGACGUACAGGAAGUAAUAACAAAGGAUGUUGAGAAAGACGAUACAUUAAAAAAGAAAAAGAAAGUUAAGAAGAGUAAGAAAGACUCCGUUGAAUCUGGAGAUGAAAGCGACUCUGGUAAAUCUGGAGGAUUUUUCAAAUUGUUUGGAAGAAAGGAUAAAAAAGAGAAAACAGAGAAGGAGAAAAUGGAAAAAGAAAAACCAGAAAAACCUAUAGUUGAAGAAAAGCAUGAAAUUGUUCUCAAAGAAGAAGUUAGUCAAGUGAAAGAUGAAGGUCCCAAAGAAAAAAUUAAAGAAGACAAAAUAAUUGAUACUAAAACACCAAAAGAUGUUGUAUACACAGAAGAAUUCAAACAAAUACUUACGAACACUAAUAAUUUCUUAGACACUGAAGUAAAGAACUUCGAAGAUGUGAAAUAUGUCGUAAGUAAAGAAAAAGAUUCAUCCCCUGAGAAGAAGUCGAAAAAACCAAAGAAAGGGAAACGUGAAAGCAGUGAAUCAGGGGAUGAAAGUGACACUGGGAAAACAGGAAUAUUUAAAUUCUUUGGAAAGAAAGAUAAGAAACCUAAAGAAGAUAAACUUGAAAAACCAAUUACUGAGUUAAAAGAGGAAACCAUUACACCUAAAUUAGAAAUACCACUAGAAAGAGUACCAUACACCGAGAAAUUUAAGGAAAUGUUGUCAAAUACAAAUAAUUUCCUUGAUAAUGAAGUGAAGAAUUUCGAAGAUGUGAAAUGCGUAAAGAAAGAUAAAGAUGAAUCAUCACCUGAAAAGAAAUCAAAAAAGAAAUUAAAGAAAGGAAAAAGAGAAAGUAGUGAAUCAGGUGAAGAGAGUGACACAGGAAAAUCAGGAUUAUUUAAAUUCUUUGGAAAGAAAGAGAAAAAAGUUAAAGAAGACCCCGAAAUUAAAGAAAAAUUAUCGGAAGUUGAGGAAAUUAAAGUUGUAACUUCAGAACCCGACAAAGAUUUCCAAGAGGCCCUUAAAAACACAAGCGCAUUCUUAUCCGAUGAAAUUACUCAUUUCGAUGAUGUUAAGGAGGUUGUAACAAAACCCGCUGAAGAAAUCGUGCCACAAAAGGAACACAAAAAAGAGAAAAAACAAAAAGGAAUUAAACGCGAUAGUAGUGAAUCUGGUGAAGAAAGUGAUAGUGGAAAAUCUUCAGGAUUUUUCAAAAUUUUUGGUAAAAAGGAUAAAAAGGAGAUCGAUAUUAAACACCCAGAGGAGUUAGAAGAAGAAGUCACCGAAAAAGUGGAGAAAACUGAGAAGCUCGUACGCCAAUCCAGCAAGAAAAAAUCGAAACAAAAAGGUGAAGAUGAUCAAUCUAAAUCUUUCUUUGAUAUAUUCGCAAAGAAAGAUAAGCAAGAUAAAAAAUCAUCAAAAAUAAUUCCACCACCGUUAUCAGACGAAGUUAUCAAAAACAUGAACGACACCAAAGACUUCUUAAAAUUAGAAGUGGAUAACUUCGAUGAUGUUAAAACUUCUCCAGUUAUUAAAUCUGAUAUAGCUGUUGAUGCUAAAAUGACAAUUGCUGAAAUAACCAAAAGUAUGGAGCCGAAAAUUUACGAAACCGAAGACUUUAAGUUCGUGAUAUCACCUGCAAAAGAAACAAAAACCAAAGAGUUUUCUUUAAAUAUUAAUGAAGCCAUCGAAAAGAUGGAGAAAGAAAUAUUAUCCGCCAAACAUUCCGAAUUACCAAUAGCUGAUGAUAUCCCAGUUUUAAGCAUGAAACCCUUAGAAGAUGCUUACGAAGAAGUCGUCGUUUCACAGCGGCCCACAAAAUUAAUAGACCAAACAAGCACAAUUGUUAAAACGCAAGUUAUUAAAUUCGCCGACACCAGCGCUCCACCACCUCUUAGCGAAGAAGUUGUCAAGAACAUGAUAAACACAAGUAAUUUCCUCAAUCAAGAAAUUUCUCAUUUCGAAGAUGUUAAACCCAUCGUAAAGAAGGAAGAUACUGAUGUGGAAUCAGACAAGAAAAAACGUAAAGUUAAAAGAGAGAAGAGUAUUGAUGAUGGUAAAAAAUCAGGAUUUUUCGGUCUGUUUGGUAAGAAAGAAAAGAAAGUAGACGAAAAAGAUGUAGAUAUUGAAAAGAAAGUAACUCCAACUUCUGAACAAAUCUCCGUGACAACAAAAAUUAGUGAAGAGGUACCAAAAGAAGUUAAAGUAACGAAAGAAGAUGUAAAAAAAGAUGCAAUUCCAACGGUUUUGGAAUUCACUGAAUCUGUGCAUUUAACAAAUAAUUUCUUAAACGAUGAAAUUAAGAACUACGAAGAUGUAAAACCGAUUGUAAAAGAUAGUAAAACAACUGAGAAAGAUGUUGCACCAGAUUAUCAAGAACAAAAAGAGGAUAAAGCUAAAGGAAAAUCAAUCUUUGGAUUAUUCAGUAGGAAAUCGGAGGAAAGAACGGAUCCUGAACAUGAAAAACCCUCUAUGAAGGAAAAACGAGAACGUAGAAAAAGCGGAAGUCCUUUCCGAAUCUUCUCCAAAAAAUCAAAGGAAGAAACCAUCAAAACAGAACCAACUAAAACAGUUGGUAUGUCCGAAGAAGUCGUUCAUGAUAUUUUUGAAACUAAAAAUUUUUUGAGUACAGAAAUUUUGCGUUUCGACGAUGUUAAAGUGGUAGCAGAAAAAGUUGAAAGUCAAAGAAAAGAGGACUCGAAAAAAGUUGCUUUUGCAAAAUCACCUGUAGCUGAUGAUAUACCGGAAAUGCAACUAACAGAAAAAGUUAUUGUUGUUAUUAGAGACGAAAUUCCAUCAACAACAGAAAUCAAAAUCGAUGAGUCAAAGGUACCAGAAGAAGAAAGUAUUUUAGAUAACCUAACUAAAGAAUACAAAGAAUUAGAAACAAGCAUUACAACUUCUGUACAAAAAGUUUCAGAUGUUGAGAUAAAACCAGAUAUUUCAAAAGUAUCCAAGAAACCUGGAAGUUUCCUUAGUAAAUUAGGGGAUAAAAUUGCAGGAAAACCUAAAGAAGAAAUUGAUGAUAUAAAACAAGACCUCUCUGAAUCUAAAGAACUUACUAAAAAAGAGGUGAAAGAAAAAAUUGCAUCAUUAAAUACUCAGAUAUCUCAAGAACUUGACACAAUGCAAACCAAAAUUGACGAUCAAAUAACAUCGUUAAACGAUGAAUUAACACAGCAAAAAGAUAUCACUACUGAUGACUUAAAGAAGAAUGUAACAGUAACAGAAAAAUCUUGGGAAACAACAACUGAAGAUGGAGUAAAAACUGUUACCACUAUCAAAGAAACCUCUACAGAAAUAAUUCAAGAACUUAAAGAUGGACUCACAAAAGUCAUCGAAACCGGCAAAGAAAUACCAACUGCACCCAUAACAGAGUUAGAGAAAGGAAUUAAGCUUGAAACUGAGGAUGUAUCAGAUACAGAGAUUCCCUCAUUAUCAGUCGAUUUAGAUCAACUCGACAAAACGAAACAAAAAGAUAAAAAGAAAAAGAAAGAAAAGCGUAAAUCCGGAGGAUUCUUUAGUAAGUUUGGAGAUAAAAUUUCUGGGAAAUCAAAAGAUAUAGAGCAAGCCCUAGAUGAGACACAAAAAUCUGUUGAAGAUGCUUCAAAAGAUGUUGAUAAAAAGCUUUCGGAUGCUGAGAAAAAAAUAACAAUGGAAAUUGAUGAAGCUAUUAAGGAUGUAGAUGAAACCAUUUCUAAAAAAGUUGAUGAUUUAUCAACCACCGCUCAACAAGAAAAAGAUAAAAUUAUAAAAAGUGAAAAUAUUGAACUCAAACUUGAGGAACCUCAAAUAUCUGAUGUUGCUGAUAAAAUGUUGGAGACGUUUGAAGUUAUACAACCUCAUCCUCAAAUAGAAAUGAAAGAGAAAAGUGAUGAUUUUAUAUCUCAAGAAAAAUCCGAUGCACUUGCUCCUCAAAUACAAACAACUGCAACUACAGUUACUGAAGAACCAUCAGAACCAACACCAAGCAAACGAAAGGAUAAGAAACAUAAAGAACGCAAAAAAUCUGGAGGUUUCCUUACAGGAUUAGGAACUAAAAUAUUUGGUACUAAAGACAAAUCAAAACAAGCUGCAGAAGAGGAAUCUUCGGUGAUGGAUGUGGAAACAAAAACGUUAAUGGACGCUGUAAAAGAAGGAACCGAUGAAUUACUGGCAAAGAAAGAUGAUGUAAAAACCGAUUUAAAAGAAAAGAAAAUGCAAUUAAAAGAUAAUGUAGAAGAAAUUGACAAAGAGUUAAAAGAAGAUGUUAAGGAAGCACAAAAACAAUUUGAUGAAAAAACAAAACAAUUAACAGAAGAAGGAGAAUCACUACUUGAUAAGUUAAGAAAAGAAAUUGCAGCAGAAGGAAAUGAAAUAAAAGAAGCUAUUAAGGAAUCAAGUACAACUACAAAAGAAAGUAUUAAAGAUGAAAUUUUAGACAAAGCAGAUAAAGGCAAAGAUGAAGUAAAAGAAAAAGGCGAACAAAUCGGCGGUAUCAUCACAGACUUAACUCAAAAAGUAAAGAGUGGACAAGAUACCAUCGAAAAAGAAGGCACAUCUUUAAUUUCUACUUUGGGAGAAAUAACCUUUGGAACAACAGAAAAAGUAGAAGAUGAUAAAAUAACAACUUCAACGCGUAAAGAAGAAAUACUCUUUAAAAGUGAAGUUAUUGAUGACAAUCUUUCGAAAAAAACACAAUCAGUUGGUGAUAAAUUACAAAAAGAAAUUCAAAAACAGGCUGAAGAUUUAGACAAAUCUAUCAAAGAUAUAUCUCAGAGUAUGAAAGAAGGAAAAGGGGAAAUAGACAAAGCUGUGGAAAAAAUAUCUGAAACGACCAAGGAAAGUGUUGAUACAAUAGGAGGGGUUCAACAACCUGGAGUGACUUUAAAAGAUGAUGUGGCAAUUUCAGACAUAAAACAAACUACGAUAGAUACAACAACUGAUAUCAUAAAUGAGGCGAAAGAAUCUACUCAAAAAAGUAAAGGAAAAGUUAAACAAAAAACCAAAAAGGCUGUUAAAGGGGCUGGUUCUUUCUUUUCUAACCUCGGCGGAAAAAUAUUGGGAACAAGUGAAAAAGUUAAAGAUAAUGUAAAAUCGGGUAUUGAAGAAGCUAAAACAACACAAGAGACACUGAAAGAAGAUUUAACCGAUAAAGUUAAAGAAGCUAAAGAUUCUGCAAGUUCAAAAGCAACCGAUGUUAAAACUAGUGUUGAACAUAGUGUGGCAGAUUUAAAAACAAAUAUAUCUGAUGUUAAAGGAGAUGUUCUAGAAUCUGUUUCAAAAGCUAAAGAAGAAACAGAAUCAUCAAUUGGAAAAACUAAAGCAGGUCUUGUAGAAAAAGUUCAAGAUCUUUCAGAGCUGGGUAAAAGUAAAGUUGAUGGUGGUAAAUCAUUGAUGGGAGAUAUUAAAGAUCAAGUUGUUAAAGAUACUACAACAACUAUCGAGAAAGGAAAAGGUAUUGCAACGGAUGUUAGUAAAGGAAUGCAAGAUCUAGCUCAAGACACCACAGAAGGCCUUAAAGAUACUUUAUCUACAACAAAAGAAGCUGCUGGUACAAAAUCAAAAGAAAUCGGGGAAGCAUUACAAGAAAAAGCUGAUAAAACUCAUCAGUCGGUGCAAGAAGGUGCUGAUAAAAUCAAGAGUGAUGCUGAGAAAGUUUCGGAAGAAACUAGUUCAUUCUUUUCAGGUAUUGGAGGAAUGUUACUAGGGUCAGGUGAGAAACUGAAAGAUGAUGUAACUACCAAAUCUACCGAAAUUAUGACUGCAGCCGAUGAUAAAUUAAAAUCUGGUGUUGAAACCAUCGAAAAACAACAACAAAAGGUUUCCACAAAAACAGAGCAGAUUUUGGAUGUUUCAAAAACUGCAAUUGAUGAUACUAAAAAAUCGAUUAAAGAUGAAACCACUAAAGAUGCUAAAGCUGCUGUUGAUAAAGGAAAAGAAGUUGCAACGGAAAAAGCUACAGAUAUUAAAAGAUCCAUUACCACCACACAAGAACUAUUCACGACAAAAUCAACAGAAAUGGGUAAAGAAAUCCAAGAGAAAAUUGAUGACACCAAAGAAUCCAUGGAAAAAGGUAAAGAACAAAUCAAAGACGAUACUGAUAAAAUGGUGAAAGAAACUGGUUCGUUCUUUUCAAGUCUAGGUGGAAUGAUCUGGGGAUCAGGACAAAAAGUAAAAGACGACAUCAGUAGCAAAACUACAGAAGUAAUAACUGCAAUUGACGAUAAAUUAGAAUCUGGUGUUUCAAAAGUACACGAUGGGGUAGUUACAAAAGGAGACGACUUUGUAGACGCUACAAAAAAUAAAAUCGAAGAAGUUCAAACUGUAGCAAAAGAUCUAAAAGAUGAUGCUGCGAAAGAAUCAAAAGCUGCCCUCGAUAAAACAAAAAGUGUUGCAACAGAUAUUAAAGAUGGGCUAACUUCAACAAAAGACUUCGUUACCACAACAACAACACAAAUUCAGGAUAAAGCCGGUGACACCAAAGAAAAAAUUUUAUUAUCAGGAGAAAAAUUGAGUGAUGACAUUCGCACAAAAGCAACGGAAACAGUAACCACACUGGAUGAAAAAGUUAAAUCCGGUAUUGAAAGCGGUGAAAAACAAAUGCAAAAGGUAGCUGGAAAGGUCGAAGAUACUGCAAAGUCCGGAAAGGCCAAAUUGGAUUCUUUAACCAAAGAUACACAACAAAAAGGACAACUAAUUGCAGAUAAAGCAGGAGAUAAAAUCAAAGAAACGACUCAAAAAGCCGAUUCCUUUGUAUCUUAUCUCGGAGAAAAAGCAACAGGACUCGGCGAGGAUAUUGACACUACCAAAGAUGUUGUCGCUGCAAAAUCUACAGAAAUUAGUAAAACAGCACAAGAAAAACUUGACGAUACUAAACAAUCGAUAAAAAAAGAUGUUGAUAAACUGAAAAGUGAUGCGGAUAAAGCAUCUAAAGAAACAAGCUCAUUCCUAUCCGGAAUAGGUGACAUGAUCUGGGGAUCUGCAGAUAAAGUUAAAGAUGAUGCUGAGAAGAAACAUACCGAAAUAACAAACAUUGUAGAUGAUAAAAUACAAUCUAGCGUAGAAUGGCUUGAAAAAGAACGAGAAGAUGUGGUUAAAAAAGCAGAAAUGGUUAAAGAUGCGAAGGAACAAAUUGUUCAAGAAAGCAAAGCUGCGGUUGACUCAGGAAAAGAUAAAACUAAGGAAACAUCUCAAACAGCUGCUUCUUUCGCGUCGCAUUUUGGUGAAAAAACUAAGGAUUUAGGAACAGACAUUAAAGAUCUUACCACUAAAAAGUCAAAGGAAAUUGGUACAGCAAUAGAAGAAAAAGUUGCCGAUACCAAAGAAUCAAUACAAAAAGGUACAGAUACACUUAAAGAAGACGCUGAAAAAGCAGCGAAACAAACUAGUUCAUUCUUCUCUAGCAUAGGCGACCAAGUUUGGGGAACCGGAGAAAAAGUAAAAGAUGAUAUCAGUGCCAAAGGCAAAGAAUUAGCUGACAAGGUAGAUGAAAAGAUUAAGUCGGGUGUUGAAACCACUGAAAUGCAACAGCAAGUUAUAGCUGAUAAAACUAAAGAACUUAAAGAAGCAGGAAAAAGUAAAAUUGAAGAUGCUAAAACUGCUGUCAAGGAUAUAAAGGAAGAAAUUUCUGGAGAAUCUAAAGCAGUCAUCGAUAAAGGAAAAGGAGUUGCAACUGAUGUUACUGACAAAGUGAAAGACAAAGGUAAAGAAACAAGUCAAAAAGCAGCUUCCUUUGUAUCGCAUCUAGGUGAAAAAGCGUCAGAAGUUGGUGCAGAAAUCAAAGAUAGUGGUAGUGCUGCCGCCACAGAUAUUUCUAGCAACAUCAAAGAUAGCGUAUCUGUGGCUGGUGAGAAGUUAGCUGAAACAAAGGAAUCAAUACAAAAAGGUACAGAUAAACUGAAAGACGACGCAGAAAAAGCUGCGAAGCAAACGGGUUCAUUCUUCUCUAGCAUAGGUGGACAAAUUUGGGGAACAGGAGAAAAAGUAAAAGAUGAUAUUAGUACCAAAGGCAAAGAUUUGGCAGACAAGUUAGAUGACAAGAUUAAAUCAGGUAUUGAGAUCCCUGAAAAGCAACAGCAAGCUAUGGCUGAUAAAGCUAAAGAACUUAAAGAAGAAGGAAAAAGUAAAAUUGAAGAUACCAAAACUGCUGUCAAAGAUAUAAAAGAAGACAUUAUUACAGAAUCUAAAGCAACCAUUGAUAAAGGAAAAGCAGUUGCAACCGAUGUUACUGAUAAAGUGAAAGACAAAGGUAAAGAAACAAGUCAAAAAGCAUCUUCCUUUGUAUCGUACCUUAGUGAAAAAACUUCAGAAGUUGGUGCUGAAAUCAAAGAUACUAGCAGUGCUGCUGCAGCAGAUAUUUCCAGCAAAAUCAAAGAUAGCGUAUCUGUAGCUGAUGAGAAAUUAUCAGAUACAAAAAAAUCGAUACAAAAAGGUACAGAUAAACUCAAACACGACACCGAAGAUGCAGCGAAACAAACUAGCUCCUUUCUCUCCAGCAUAGGUGGACAAAUUUGGGGAACAGGAGAAAAAGUAAAAGAUGAUAUCAGUUCCAAAAGCAAAGAUUUAGUAGAUAAGGUAGACGAAAAUAUUAAAUCAGGUGUUGAGAGCACUGAAAAGCAACAGCAAGCUAUGGCUGAUAAAGCUAAAGAACUUAAAGAAGCAGGAAAAAGUAAAAUUGAAGAUACUAAAACUGCUGUCAAAGAUAUAAAAGAAGACAUUAUUACAGAAUCUAAAACAACAUUCGAUAAAGGAAAAGGAGUUGCAACCGAUGUUACUGAUAAAGUGAAGGAUAAAGGAAAAGAAACAAGUCAAAAAGCAUCUUCCUUUGUGUCGUACCUUGGACAAAAAGCUUCAGAUGUUGGUACUGAAAUCAAAGAUACCAGCAGUGCUAUUACAACAGAUAUGUCUAGCAACAUCAAAGAUAGUGUAUCUGUAGCUGGUGAGAAGUUAGCUGACACAAAGGAAUCGAUACAAAAAGGUACAGAUAAACUCAAAGACGACGCCGAAAAAGCUGCGAAGCAAACUGGUUCAUUCUUCUCUAGCAUUGGCGGACAAAUUUGGGGAACAGGAGAAAAAGUGAAAGAUGAUAUUAAUGCCAAAGGCAAAGAUUUGGGAGGCAAGUUAGAUAGCAAGAUUAAAUCAGGUGUUGAGAGCACAGAAAAGCAACAGCAAGCUAUGGCUGAUAAUGCUAAAGAACUUAAAGAAGUAGGAAAAAGUAAAAUUGAAGUUACUAAAACUGCUGUCAAAGAUAUAAAAGAAGAUAUUUCUACAGAAUCUAAAGCAAUCAUCGAUAAAGGAAAAGAAGUUGCAACCGAUGUUACUGAUAAAGUAAAAGACAAAGGUAAAGAAACAAGUCAAAAAGCAUCUUCGUUUGUAUCGUAUCUUGGUGAAAAAGCUUCAGAAGUUGGUACUGAAAUCAAAGAUAGUAGUAGUGCUACUGCAACAGAUAUUUCUAGCAACAUCAAAGAUAGUGUAUCUGUAGCUGGUGAGAAGUUAGCUGAUACAAAGGAAUCGAUACAAAAAGGUACAGAUAAACUCAAAGACGACGCAGAAAAAGCUGUGAAGCAAACUGGUUCAUUCUUCUCUAGCAUAGGCGGACAAAUUUUGGGAACAGGAGAAAAAGUUAAAGAUGAUAUCAGUGCCAGAAGCAAAGAUUUAGCAGAUAAGUUAGAUGAAAAGAUUAAAUCAGGUGUUAAGAGCACUGAAAAGCAACAACAAGCUAUGACUGAUAAAGCUAAAGAACUUAAAGAAGCAGGAAAAAGUAAAAUUGAAGAUACUAAAACUGCUGUCAAAGAUAUAAAAGAAGACGUUAUUACAGAAUCUAAAGCAACCAUCGAUAAAGGAAAAGAAGUUGCAACCGAUGUUAUUGAUAAAGCAAAGGACAAAGGUAAAGAAACAAGUCAGAAAGCAUCUUCCUUUGUAUCGUACCUUGGAGAAAAAGCUUCAGACGUUGGUGCUGAAAUCAAAGACAGUAGCAGUGCGGUUACAACAGAUAUUUCUAGCAACAUAAAAGAUAGGAUAUCUGUAGCUGGUGAGAAGUUAACGGACACAAAGGAAUCGAUACAAAAAGAUACAGAUAAACUCAAAGACGACGCCGAAAAAGGUGCGAAGCAAACUGGAUCAUUCUUCUCUAACAUAGGCGGACAAAUUUGGGGAACAGGAGAAAAAGUAAAAGAUGAUAUUAGUGCCAAAGGCAAAGAUUUGGCAGACAAGUUAGAUGACAAGAUUAAAUCAGGUGUUGAGAGCACUGAAAAGCAACAGCAAGCUAUGGGUGAUAAAGCUAAAGAACUUAAAGAAGCAGGAAAAGGUACAAUUGAAGAUACUAAAACUGCUAUCAAAGAUAUAAAAGAAGAUAUUACUACAGAAUCUAAAGCAAUCAUCGAUAAAGGAAAAGGAGUUGCAACCGAUGUUACUGAUAAAGUGAAAGGCAAAGGUAAAGCAACAAGUCAAAAAGCAUCUUCGUUUGUAUCGUAUCUUGGUGAUAAAGCUUCAGAAGUUGGUGCAGAGAUCAAAGAUAGUAGCAUAGAUACUAAAGAAUCGGUACAAAAAGGUGCAGAUAAACUCAAACACAAGGCUGACAAAGGAGCAAAAGAAACUACUUCAUUCUUUUCAAAUCUUGGUGAAAAAAUAUUUGGAUCUUCAGAAAAGAUAACGGAUGAAAUCGGUACCAAAUCUGCAGAAAUGGCCACAGUAUUAGAUGAUAAAACUAAAUCUGCAACAGCAAAAGCCCAAGAAUUAACUGAUACUGGAAAAGGUAAAAUUGAAGGAGGUAAAGCAGCAGCGUCACAAUUCAUACAAGAAGCUGGCGAAAAACCUCAAACUGUAAUCGACAAAGGAAAGACCGCUACAUCAGACAUUGGAGAUAUAAUAAAAGAUAAAGUAAAAGAUGCAAAUCAGAAAGCUGCAACAUUUGUUUCUUAUAUUGGUGAUGAAGCAAAGGAGUUAGAAACAUCCGUUCAAAGCAAAACUGAUGAUAUGAUCGGUUCCCUAAAAUCUAAAAUAGAAAACGUCGAACACCAAAAGCAAACAGUUGUAUCUAAAGCCGAAGAAAUUUCAGAACUAGGAAAAGAGAAAUUUGAAGAUAGCGCAACAUUUAUGAAAGAUAUGAAACAAACUAUUGACGAGGAAUCGGCAAGACUACAACAACAAUUUCAUGUUACCUCACCAAAACAAGUAGAAAUGUCCAGCUCAUCUUUUAUAGAUAUCGAAAAACAAUUUUCUGAACCAAUUCAAAGAAAAGAUAACGUAACUACUCCCAUCGGUGCAGCAAUUAUUGAUACAAAACUCACUACUGAUAAAUCUAAGCAUUCAGAAGAACCGAUUACCCAUAAAGAGGAAGAUAUUGAAGGAAAAAAGAAAGGUAAAUCGAAAGGUAAAGGUAAAAAAGGUGCAAAAGGUGUAGGAUCAUUUAUUUCUAAUUUGGGUAGCAAAAUUUUGGGGUCAGAAAAAAUUAAAGGAAGUGAAAUCAGCGAUAAACCUACAGAAAAAUCAACAACUGCAGUUGACGCAAGCCCACCUAUUCAAACAUCAACAGCGGAAGAAAUAUUAAAAGAUAAUAUCAAAUCAAAAACUUUCGAACUUUCAUCAGCUAUGGAUGAAAGUAUAUCAUCUGCUGAAGUAUUAAAAGAUAAAACAUCUAGUCAAGUUUCUAAAACUGUUGAUACUAUUGAUAAAGCAACAGAAUCAAUAUCCAAAGAAACAAAAGAAACAAAGCAAACACUAGAAGGUAAAAUAUCUCAAUUAAGAGGAGGUGCAGAAGAGAAAACUCAAGAGGCAAGUGAAAAACUAGGAGAUACGAUCGAUAUAGCCCACGACGAAAUGCUAGCGGCUAAAGAGAGUGCUGGCGCAUUUGUAUCAACUUUUGGUAAAAAAAUAUUUGGAAAAUCUGAUAAAGAUGUUACGAAAACAGCAAGUGCAUCUUUUAUUGAAACCGAACAGAUUGCAUCAGAAGCUGAUGGAAGAAAAUCUUUAGAUGAAGUUUCUAAGCAAAUGGAGGAAUUAAGAAAAUCGAUUGGUGAUGCAAAAUCCAAAGGUGAAAAAUCUGGCGGUUUCUUGUCAGAAGUAGGCGGAAAGUUGUUUGGAAAAUCUAAAGAUUCACAAGAUAAAAAAUCGAAAAAGACUUCUGAUGUAGAUGAUCAGAUAUAUCCUUUGAUUACAUCACCUACUCUGCCUAGAAGGGCUGAAUCUCAAAGGAUCGCUCGUGGUGAUAUUCCGUACUGCGUAGAAGUCACAUAUGGCUCUCAUGAGUUAUCAAGUGAUGAUGAAUCAUACAUUGUCACUGAACCGCAUGAAUCAUCGGCUAGAAUCUCUGAAAAAUCACAGAAACGUAAACCUCUAUUUCAUCUAGAAUCAGAGGACGAUUCUACAGAAAUAAAUAGUCAUAGAGGUAGCGUACAUUCCAGUGUACUAGAAACAUUACCCGAACAACGGUUCGAUACAAUAGUAACAGAUUUAGAUGAUUACGAAGAUGUAAUUCCUGUAGGGACUCAAUUUACUUCAAGUGCAUUGUACGAUAUUGCACAGGGUACAGAAAAACUUACCGAUGCUGAUUUAAUUGAACAAAAAUUGAAUGAUAUAGAGAAAGCGUUAGGGUCGUUAGAACAACAGGAAGCACUUAAAGAAGGCGUGAGCGAGGCAAAACUUAAACGAGUUGAACGAAAAUUUGAACGUAUGGCAUCAGCAGCUAUGGAUAAAGACCUAUCUGAAGUGUCCAAACUUACUACUCCAGAAGUAGAAGAAAAGAGGGAAUCGGAUUUCCAUCACCUGGUCUCCCAAUUAAGUACAGAAGAGGUAUCUGACUUUCAAAAGGAAUAUGCUGUGCUUUGGGACGAGCAAACGUUUUCUCAUAGCGAUGAUUGGGACACAUUGAAGACACCAGACAGUCAGGCUGAAGAACUACCACAAGGUGAUAUAGUAUAUAUGGGACCUGUCACAUUAAAUAAAGGUAAUUCCGUUAAUAAAGCUGGCGUCGAAGUUGACGUCAUACCAAUAAUGCGAAGCCCUUGCCCGUCCCCUGUUAUGAGACGAAAAAAUAAACGUGCCAAAUCCGAAAUGGGAUUCAGGUCGGGAGAAUUCAAAACCGAAGACGAUCGUGGUAGCUUACCAGACCUACAUGCAUAUAAAAGGGGGAUUCUUAUAGAUACCAUAUUGCAUGCGCAUCCCAAUAUGUUCCUAACCCCUGUUGGUAGUAGUGAAUCACUAAGAAGUGAAGAUAGAAUGGCAAAAUCUCUAGGAAGUACAGAUUCAUUAUCAAAAGGCCAUUUAAUGAAUGCAGUUGUUAAUUGGUUACAAAGAAGUAGUCCUUUUGAUUCAACUCAAAGUAUAUAUUCAAAUCAAACCUCUAUUUUGGAUGAUAUGGAACCUUCCACCUCAAAAAGUGACUCUAAUCCAAUACCCGAUAUAUUCGUGUCUGAAGAUGAAGUGUUAGUCAUACCAGCUUCUAAAGUUUCAAAGAAAAACAAGAAAAAGAAUAAAAAAUCUAAGAAGAAUCGCAAAUUAGGUGAAUCUGCAGAACCAAAAGAGGAUCAAACAACAACACAACAUACCGUAACAACGAGUACUACAACAGUUACAACAGCACAAGGGGCUCGUAGGCGUCCUCUACGCUAUGAGAUCAGUAUUGAUGAUCAAACUGAAGUGGAUCCUAGAGAACACGACUGGAGAUUUAAUUUACCUCAACAUGUUGAAACUGAAGAACCCACAACUAAAGACCAUCAACAACAAAGUCAAGCUGAAAGACCCAUUCAAGAUCAACAUAUGCUUUCUGAUGAGAUGAAACGUCUUCUUCAAGAAUUAGAGGAAGAAAGCAAAAAGUAAAUUAUUAAUAUAAAUACUCCCAAAUAUUACUUAUAAGUAAAUGUCUAAAAAGAACCAUAUAUCGACGAAAAUUUCCGUACGUGACAAACUAUUAUCGCUUGUGGCUCAAAACGUGAACGCAAAGCUUAAAACGAUCUUUGAAAAAAAAAAACACCCGCUUUCCUUCACCUAUACAUCCAAAAAGAGUCCAUAUUUAAGCACAUAUUAUACGGUUAAUAUAGUGUCCAAUAUACAAGAACAAAAUGAUAUUCUUUAUGCUUUUUACGAGAAUAAAAAAAGCGGUAUUUUAUUUAUUAUACUGUAGCGACGUGAACUCUAUGAACAAAACGUUAGAAAUAUUAAAAAAUCGUGUUACCCAACACAAAAGUGUACACCACAACUUUUAUUCUAACACGGGAUAAGAAUCGUUAAUCCACUUGUUACAAUCAAAGUUGUGGUUUUUAAACCAAACAACAGAUUUUAGCGUGGGUACUUAAAAGUAGUCGUAAAUUAAUGUAGAAUGACUAAGCGCGAUGAUUUGCCGAAACGAUCGAUAUUAAAAAAAAAUUUGUAUAGCGAAGAAUAUUGUUUCUUUUUCAAUGUAUGAUUUUCUAAUACUGUAUUUAUUACUCAUAAUCAAGAUUCGUUUUGGUAAAUCAUCAAAACAAAAA